AUGGCAUCCACCACCUCCUCCCCCCUCAGCGCCAUCCUCCAGCGCUUCCCGCUACUGGCGCCCCGCCCAGCCUCCCGCCGGCCCCCCACCACCCGCCGCGCCGUCGCCAACAAGAUCUCCUGCAUCGGAUGGGACCCGGAGGGCAUCCUGGCGUCGCCGCAGCUGGGCCACAUCGCGCGGUUCGAGUUCCGGCACCGCCUCGACAGCGCCGCCGACGCACGCGCUACCUUCGACCUCCAGGUCAAGGAGGAGCAGGAGCGCCGCCGCAAGGAGCGCGAGGCGCGGGUGAUACCUGAGCCGGACAUCGGGCUGGUGGAGUUCUUCCUGGACACAGACGCGCGGGAGAUCGAGAUCGAGAUCGGCAGGCUCCGCCCCAGGCUCAACAAGGCCUUCUUCGAACACAUCCAGCGGGAGGUCGCGCAGAUCAAGUUCGUCGUCACUAGGACAACGGUGUGCACCAACUUGAGCUCCCUGCUUCCUCUGCUCUGUGUGUCAAAACUUCUUCCCACUAAUUGA